UCAGCAUAAAACAAAAAAUGUAGGCUCUUAAAAGACUGGAAGAAUAGCAGAGAAAGCUAUCGGACCGCCUGGCACUCCGCUUUCCUGAAAAGGUACAAUUGCCGGCAAAACUCGGGCCUUAUAUAACUUGCUCGUCCAAUUCCGGAUGGAGGUGUCCUUGAACGCGCCGGGGUGAUUCUAUGGCGGAAUACGGACAUUCUUUCUACUUGACUAAUUGUUCUAUCCGCCACACCUCUUCAAAUGGAUCAAUUUCCUGACCAGUCCUUUGAGCCCCUCGAGCUGGACCUCGAUGACUCCUCGGAGCUCGACUCGCGGCUAUUACCUCCUCCUCCGGAAGGCCAGUAUCACACGGAGGCUGAGGCGGUACAGGCAAUCAAAUCAUUUGCGCAGGAUAAUUUGUACAAUCAUGGCCCAUCAUUGCCUAGUUCCCACCCCUCCAUCCGCCGAGAAGAGAUCACCCAGAAAACCCAAUAUAUCAAAGCCCUGCUUGAUAUAAAUAUGCCGCCUAGCCAGAUCCUCAAACAGCUCCGUCAUGUUGACCCCAGCUCUAUCAUCCAACUCCGUGAUAUCUAUAACCUCCGCCAUCGUCUCUACCAGGGCAAAACACCUGUCCCGGCAGUAGUGGAUUUUCGACCGGCUAUGAUAAAACCCCGUGGUCGUCGAGAAAGCUCGACCUUUACCCAGGCAGAAGAGCCAUUAUUAUUACCUGGAGCCGUAGAUGUCGGGGUCCCUCUUGUCGCCGAUCUGGAAUAUCAGAUUAGGCAACCCCGUGAGGACCUACAUGAUGGGGCUGCGACUUUGAAAUUUUAAGCAUGGUCGUUUUCCGGUCGGAAUUAGCGUUGUAAAAUGAUACCAAGGAACGAUGAACGAUGAACGAUGGACAUAACUACAGGUACCUUCCUGGGGAGAUAUUUUAUACGGUUCAAUUGCACCGCCUCCUUCACCGCCUCCUCUUUUCUGCCCGCAUUUCAAUUUCUCCGGAUCACGUGGAGGAGCACGGGCCAUGCCAAGAGGGAAUGACCGAAGCCGCUGGAUGCUUCUGGAAGGCGGUGG